AUGAGCCUCGCUGUCCCCUGCUCCCGCGGCUGCUCCUGCACGGCUAAGGAGAGGCGGCUGGGCAAGGGCUUGGCUUUCCGCCUCUGCCUGCUCUCGGCCACGCUCCUCCUGUGCCUGCAGCUGCUACUCAGGCGCUCCUGGGACUCGGCCGGCGCCAAGGUCGUCGGAGGAGCGGACGCCGUAACGGAAGAUAAGCGCAACAAUCGCCGAGCCGAGAAGGUGAACGAGACAGCGGUCAGCAGACGGCAAGUGACUUAUGUGCGAAGCGGUCACAGGAGGAGCGCCGCAGGAUCCACCUGUUGCCUCCAGGGGGCGCCGCUGCUCACCAGCCGUAAAAAGACUAUACGAUGGCACAUAAACUUGCAGCCUUGGGCAAGUCCGGUACCUUCCUUGAGUAAUGAAGCCCUGAGGCUCUUGAAGUAUAUUAGCACCACCCAGAUAUCAUGUGAUCAUAUGAACACAAAAGACCUGUCAGAAACCCUUGGUAGCCUAAAGAGGCCAUGGUCAGUCUGCCUGGAUGACAGAUUAAAUUUGGUUCAUCAAAUGAAAACCAAGCAGUGCCGUUUAUAUUCACUGGGACUGGGCAAUGAUGAUAACCAGUUUGAGCUGAGCAUGGCCAACAGUGGAUGUGAGGUGCAUCGCUUUGACCCUAGCAUCAGAUCAGCACAUAUUCAAGAGGGACAUCUCUGGUACCAUCGCCUAUCCAUCGAUUGGCGGGAUCCCAAUCCAGCAAUUGCUGCUCAUAAGCUUCAUGCCAACACCAAGAAGCUUGGCACAAUAUUGAAUGACUUUUCACACCACAAGGUAAGAAUUCAUCUGCUCUUCAUAUGGCUUUGA